AUGCCUUUUAGCAUCCAGGUUGAGCGUGCGCUUGAUCGCCCGGACACGCAAGCGCUCAAGUGGGGGCCAGUGCUUUUGCAAACCGUGGGCAAGCCAGGUAAUGAAGGCUACUGGCAGCUGUCACUGUACCAGCACUUGAAGCUAGACAGCGACUAUCAGCACGCUGCCAUCAAACUGACAAAUGAGACUCUGAACGGCGAUCCAGUAUACAGUGCUGUAUCGACUUCCAACGACAGCCUGACAGUGCGGCCAUACUACGUCAGCGACGCACAGCCGGUGUCUUCAUACUUCCGCCGCGUCGAGCCAACCGUGCUCUUCGGCAGCAUCGAUACAGGCGUGCCCAACCGAAAGCGCAAUAAUGGUCUGCCCAGAUAUGAUGUCCCCGUCGCCAACAUAACCUCCCCGGGCACCGACGGCCCAACUUUCCUUAACAUUGUCUAG